CCCAGACCCAGGCCGCCGCCGGGCCACGUGCGCCGCCAGCUGAGGAGGUAAACAAACACGUCCACACCUGCUGGGCCGCGACAUUUUUUACCUCACACUCCACUAUUAUACAACACUCAAGGCGGAUUGAUCAUCAAGGAAACGCUGAAAGUCUCCUGAAGGGGCAGUCCGACCGCCACCAUGGAGCCCAUCAAGUCCAACAACAACAAGCUGCCGUCCAACCUGCCGCAGCUGCAGAACCUCAUCAAGCGCGACUCAGCGUCCUACAGGGAGGAGUUUGAGCGCCAGCAUUCCGUGUACGAGGCUCUGUGUGUCAUCUUUGAGCAGAACCCAACCGUGUACAACAAUGACCUGCACCAGAUGGUCACAUUUCUGUCUCAGGUGGCCCAGUGUUACCCUGACAAGCUGAGUGGCUUCCCCCAAGAGCUAUCGGUCUUACUGAAGCGCCACAGCACAGUCCUCCACCCUGAGAUGCGCAUGUCCUUCGUCAAGGCUCUGGUGCUGCUGCGAAACAAGAACCUGUUGUCCCCCACAGACCUCCACAUGCUGUUCUUCCAGCUUCUCCACUGCCCGGACAAAAACCUGCGCAAGUUCCUGAAGCAACACAUUGUGACGGACAUCAAGAACAUCAACGCCCGCAGCAAGAACACCAAGCUCAACAAGGAGCUCCAGAACUUCAUGCACGAGAUGCUCUCCUCCAGGCACGCCGUGGCUGCCAAGACCUCCCUCGACGUGAUGAUUGAACUGUACCGCAAGAAGGUAUGGAAUGACACAAAGACCGUCAACACCAUCGCCACGGCCUGCUUCUCCAAGGUGACCAAGAUUAUGGUGGCCGCCAUCAAGUUCUUCGUGGGCCGAGACGAGGAGGAGGAGGGGGGUGGGGGGGAGAGUGGCUCAGACAGUGAUUCUGACAAUGAGGAAGAGAAGAAGAGUGUCAAGGCAACCAUGAUGGCCUUGAAGGUGAACAAGAAGACCAAGAAGAAGCAGAAGAAACUGGACAAAGUAAAAGCUGCCGUGAAGAAGAGCCAUAAGGACAAAAAGACAAAGGCUAGUUAUGACUUCUCUGCGCUGCAUCUGGUCCACGACCCUCAGAGUGUGGCGGAGAGGCUGUACCGGCGCCUCGAGAAAAUGAACGAGCGAUUUGAGGUGAAGCUGAUGACCAUGAACUUCAUCUCCAGGCUGAUUGGCGUUCAUCAACUCUACCUGCCCAAUUUUUACCCCCUGGUGACCCGGUUCCUCUUCCCCCACCAGCGUGAGGUCACCAAGGUCAUGGUCUUUGCUGCCCAGGCUGCCCACCCGCAAGUCCCUCCAGAUGACCUGAGUCCUGUACUGCGAACACUGGCUGACAACUUUGUGACGGAGCGUUACUCCGGCGAGGUCAUGGCCAUGGGGCUCAACGCCAUCAGAGAGCUGUGUGCAAGGAACCCCUUCUGCAUGUCUGCCGACCUCCUGCAAGACCUGACACAGUACAAGACCCACAAGGACAAGGGUGUCAUGAUGGCCGCUCGCUCCCUCAUCGCGCUGUUUAGGGAAAAGAAUCCAGAGCUGCUGUACAAGAAGGACCGUGGCGCCCCGACAGAGUUAGGUGCGGAGAAGAGACACGAGAACUUCGGGGAAAACCGCGCCGUCGACUACAUCCCUGGAGCUGAGAUUCUGGCCUACAAGACAGAAGGGGAUGAGGGUUUGGGGACCAGCGACGACGAGAGUGACGAUAACUGGGUCGACAUGAGUGAUGAUGAAAGCGACUCCAACACACCAAAGGGCAAGAAAGAAACUAAAGAAGAGAAAAGCAAAGAUGGUGAGGAGAUGGACGAAGAUGGGGAGGAAAAAGUAUUCACUGCCAAGGAGGCUUUGCAGGAGGUAAUGAAGCUCACGUCGGAGGAGCGAGCCCAGAAAGCUGCCGACAUCGCUUGCUCGAGAUUUUUAACAGACGAGGACUUUGCACGGAUCGCAGCGACACAGGCAGCAAAGAAGGUUGAGAAGUUCACCCAGAGCAAGAAGAAGAAGCAGCGAGGGAAGAAGAGGAAAGCCACUGACGAACCCACAAAAGCUGGAACAGGAGAACUUGUGCCACUGAAGAACAUUGAGAUGAUCUUUAAGAAGAGGAAACAUGACAAGGACGCCCGCUUGGAGACUGUGGCCGCCGGGAGGGAGGGGAGGGAGAAGUACGGGGCGAAGAAGGGCCGCAUGAACCCCCAGGCCUCCACCACCAACAGGGAGAAGAUCAAGGGGAAGUCCUUCAUGAUGCUCAAACACAAGGUUGCCGGCAAGCAGAAACAGUCCUUCAGAACUAAACAAAUGAAGCUGAGGAAUUCCUUGCUCAAGCAGAAGAAGUUCCGUUAACUAGAUGUGUAUGUUAGUAUAUUAAAUGUUGUAAAUAAAAGUACUUUAGGGUUACAUACUGAUACUCUAUAAUUAUUGUUUUGUAAGUUAAAUUGAUGGAACUGUUUAGUGUUGACUUAUGAAGUACAGCAGUAUUUCACAAGGAUUUUUAUCUACUAAUUAUUCAUUCAUUAUUAUUUUUAUUUUUUAUAUUGAGCCCAUGGCCCUGGUAGGCUUUAUUGAUGGGGCCUGGUGGUCAGCCCCUGCCUGCUAGUGGCACAAGCAAAUAUGUUAUAGUGGCACCAAUCUUGCCAGGCUCAUGCUGCCCCCAGAGCUCCACUUAAUCUUUAAAGAGUUUUGCUGAAGUCCAGGUUGACAGGACAGCAUGUGGGCCAUCAUGGCCACUCAGUGAUGACUGAAAAUUGUCAAAUUGUACUGGCAGGCAGGAUUUGAAGCCAGGUCUCUGAAUCACUACCUCCACCAGUUACUGUGUUGAACCUUUCCUGUAGCACUGAGAAUAAAAAAAUU